AUGGUAAAAUUUUAAAAGCAGUUUACGUGCAUGUCGACAUGAAUUUCGCCGGACUCUUGCCUCCCUCAACCUUCCUACCAACACCAGGGGAGCCAUCAAGUCCGUGGGAGCAAUGGAAACAAUCGUUCCUGACGUUCUUAAAGGCUGUUGAUGGAGAUGGCUACCCGCCGGCCAGGAAAAGAGCCAUUCUGCUACACUGCUUGGGAGCGGAAGGUCAGAGGAUUUUUCAUUCGUUAGAGCCUUCAAAUGCGCAGUCUUCAAGUACAGUUACUACGGCUCCAACGUCAACUACUACUCUCACGACUGAUAUCUUCACAGGGGCAUUGAGCCAUCUGGACAAGCGUUUUGGAGCACAAUUCGAAGAAGAAGCAAUUAAGCAGCAACUCUUAGAAGGAACAAGAAUGCAGCAACUUAGGGAACGCUUGCUAGUUGAAGGGCAAGCGUUCACACUGGAGAAGGCAGUUAACUUGGCGACGACCAUAGCAGCCGCCACUUCAGCAACUAAUGAAUUUUUACGACCAUAUGAAUCCAGAGCUUCAGUAGAGGCCACUGAUGCAGCGGACGUGCAACGAGUCGACGGGAAACCCAAACGGAGUCUACCGCACAAGUCGUCACAACCGCAGCCAUCUUCUGGCAACAGACAGUCUAAGCAGACACCUGCUUGCUAUAGAUGUGGAUCGUGUCAGCAUUUGGCGAAAUGA